CCAAAUUGCGCGAUCGUAACUAACGACCUAUCGGUGCCUGAAGCAUCAUGUUCUCUUCAUCCAUAGCUCUGGUUCUUGCGCCCACAAUUAGCAUCCUCAUCGAUCUAGAUUCGCUGCAUCUAGGCAAAAAUUCUGCUUCACUUGCUUUCGUAGUGUUUCAAUAUGCAGUUGCAAGGUGUAAACAGACCUCCACAAGACCACUCUUGCUGCUUGGCCAAAAUGCCAAGAUAUUAUGCUAUAUUGAUCAUCAUAUUGCAUUUCGACGAACCGCCGCUUUGGAAUCAAAUGUUGUUUCAAUCAGAUAAGUUAACGCUUAUAAAUGAUGCCUAUAUAAUUUGUAUUAGCAUCGUUUACAUGACAGCAGCUACGAGUCUAUAAUGAAGCA